AUGAGCGGAGAGGAGGCAGAAGAGAAUACUGGCACCAUACACGGCUGGGGCUUCACUCCCACUGGUGAUCCACCCCCCACUUCAGCCGUAUCAAACGACCGACCAAAGGCGACUAAAUGUCUACCUGAAAUAAUUACCAAAGGCUGGAAAAGAACUACCCUGUAUGGAAUUUUGAUUUUGUUAAUGGUGUUAAUUUUUUUGAAUAUCGCGUUAACACUAUGGAUUGUCAGCGCAUUACGUUUAAGUAUGAAAGGCAUAGGUCCCAUUAAAAUUAUAAAAGAUGGAAUCCAACUUGAGGGACAAGCAUGGAUAGUGGGUAACCUAGUCGUUUCAACGAUAGCGUCACAACUCGCUCAGCCUAUCACACUGCACUCAUUCCGCAAUUUUACUGUCCUCGUCUCAGAACCAAAUCACGCGGAAUUCGCGAAAAUGUUAAUAAAGAGAGAUAGCAUAGAAUAUAGCGGAAGAAAAUUCGAAGUGCACGACUCUAAAGGUGGGAGCGUCUUCCACGCGUCGCGUGAAGAAGUACGUGUAUUUGCAGACGCAUUUGCCGUCAAUGCUGAAGGAGGCCUCACCGUGAAUAGUGCAAUCCAAGCACCACUUGUUCGAGCGCCGCCUAGCUCCAAAUUGCAAUUGGAAUCCCUAACUCGACGUUUAGAUUUAAGAGCACCACAAUCCAUUUACUUAGAAAGCAGAGCGGGAAGUAUCGAAAUAACAUCGCAUAGUGACAUUAAUCUAGACUCCAUCGUUGGAGCCAUAAAGAUCGAUGCACCGAACAUAGUUAUCGAGAACCUAAAAAUAGCAAAUACCUCAAUUAAUGCCCAAAAAUAUAAUAGAGCGAACAAAGUAUAUCAACUAUGUGCAUGUGCCUCUGGAAAACUUUUUUUAGCAGCCCCAGAUGCGAUAUGCUCUAUUCCAGAAAAUGACAGAGAACUAUGUCGA